UGGGGGGGGCAGAAAGCCAGACCCAGGGCAGGCACUCGUUUUGGAUGAACGAAGCAGCGGACGCGGCAUCUCCCGUCUCGUGAUCGCCGCUCACCACGGCAGGAGGUCCAUGUCCCCGUUCAGGGCCACGUCUGCCGCGGGCGGCGGUUGGCAUCUUCGCGGCUCCACGGUGGCGCUCUUGGUGCUGCUGCUGCUGUGCUGCAUGGCGGAGCUGGCGAGCGGCCAGCGGGCGGGCGGCCGGCGAGAUUCGACAAGGAGGGCCCCCUCCUCGUUGCGCCACAAGAGGCCCCAGGCAAACCCGAUGCCCGCUUCGUUGUACGGGAGCGACGGCCCAGACGUGAACUUGACCUGCGCCAUGGAGAUCGCCUUCCUCAUCGACAGCUCGGAGAGCGCCAAGGGCAGCAACUACAAUUUCGAGCAGAAGUUCGUGCUGGACUUCACGGCGAUGCUGCAGAGGGAGGCCGGCCUCGCUGGCAUCCUCAGCUGGAGGAUCGCACUCCUCCAGUACAGCAGCACGGUGCGUGUGGAACAGAUGCUGCAUGACUGGCAGGGACCGGACGAUUUCUCCGCCCGGGUGCGGCAGAUGACGUACAUCGGACACGGCACGUACACGGCGUACGCGCUGGGAAACCUCACGGAGCUGUACGACGAGCAGGCGCGGGCCGACUCGGUGCGAGUCGCCGUCCUCGUGACGGACGGCGUCGACCACCCGCGUGGCCCCGACCCGGCGCAGGCGGCGGGGGCGCUACGCGCGCAGGGCACGCGCCUCUUCGUGCUGGGCCUGAGCAACGUGGCGCGCCAGCCGGACAACACGGCCCGCCUGCAACUCAUGGCCAGCGCGCCGGCCACGCGAUACGUGCACGACCUGCGCCACCCGGCCACGCUGGGCACUCUCAUCGCCGAGCUGAACACGCUUGCCGAUGAAGAGUGUCCCAAGCAGCCGGCGUGCCAGUGCGAGAAAGGCGAGCGUGGAGCUGCGGGGAUCCCGGGUAGGAAAGGAAAACCGGGAAGGGAUGGUGUGCAUGGUGAAAGAGGACAAAAGGGCGACGCCGGGGUGCCAGGAACCCGUGGAGCUGAUGGCGCGGAGGGCCGGCCAGGAUUUUCAGGGGAGAAGGGUGACAGGGGUCAGUGCGGAGCCGCCGGCGAGAAGGGAGACAGGGGACCAGACGGGCCGAGUGGCCCAAGGGGACCCGAAGGCCCGAAGGGGCCUCCAGGACCUUCAGGUGAACAAGGCCUCGAAGGCAUCCAGGGACCAAAGGGAGAGAGGGGCUUGCCUGGCCCUCCAGGUGUGCAGGGGGAGGCGGGCAUUGGACACCCAGGACCUAAGGGCGACUUUGGUUUCCCAGGCAGAGCCGGACCUGCGGGCCCCGCUGGGAUCGGUGAACCUGGGCUACCGGGUGCACCAGGACCUCAGGGACAGCCGGGCGAGAGAGGCCUCGCAGGGGAAGGGUUUCAGGGCGCCAAGGGAGACCGAGGGAACGAUGGCCCACGGGGCCCCUUGGGGCCGGCGGGUUUCGGACAAAAGGGCGACAAGGGGGAGCUGGGGUUUCCCGGACCUGCAGGAUCCACGGGGCUGUCAGGCAAAGGUCUUCCAGGGGACAAGGGAGAUCAAGGCCCCAGGGGCUUGCCGGGCCCAAGAGGUCCUCCUGGUGAAGGCAUUCCUGGACCCAAGGGGAUCCAAGGCCUGCGGGGAGACCUGGGACCAUCCGGCAUCGGCCUGGAGGGCCCGACGGGCCCAAAGGGAGAACUGGGAUCUCCCGGCCUCAGCGGGUUGCCUGGGCAGCGUGGAGACGAUGGCGCUGACGGGCAGAAGGGAGAGACUGGUUUGGCUGGGCCCCGCGGGCCAGACGGGCCACCAGGGAUUGGCCUGCAAGGGGAAAAGGGAGACCAUGGACCAAGGGGACAAAAGGGCUUUCCAGGCAGCCCAGGCCCGGUGGGAGUCACGGGGCCCAAGGGCCAGCCAGGGCUGCCGGGGGUCGUCGGCUUGCCAGGACCCGCGGGCCACGGCAUCGUGGGCCCAAAGGGCGAGCCCGGCCCUGCUGGACCUCAGGGGCUCAUAGGUGAGAUCGGGAUUGGCCUGCAGGGACCAAAGGGGGAGAGAGGAUUCCCAGGUGCGAUCGGACCCCAAGGCGGCAAGGGAGAGGGCUACCCAGGCCCCCAGGGCCUGCCGGGCCUGCCGGGAUUCAGGGGCGAGCCGGGACUCGAAGGCGUCGGGCUGCCCGGUUCAAAGGGGGACACAGGGGUUCGGGGAUUACCGGGAGGUCGGGGCCCCCCAGGAGAGGGGCAGCCUGGUCCAAAGGGAAACGUCGGCCGGCAGGGCCCACCUGGGCCCCAUGGACCGUCUGGGGAGGGCAUCCAGGGAGCCAAGGGGGAGCAGGGAUUCCAGGGCCUCCCUGGACCACGCGGGCCCCUCGGGGAGGGUAUCCCCGGACCAAAGGGUGAUCGAGGGCUGCACGGAGAGAGGGGUCGCAAGGGAGAUGCGGGCGACCCCGGGGAGAAGGGCUCCCUCGGUGCUAUGGGCAGGGUCGGCCAGAAAGGCGAUCCGGCACUGACUAGGCAAGAAAUCAUGAAGUUGAUAAAAGAGAUAUGUGGCUGUGGAGUGAAGUGCCGGCAGCGUCCGCUCGAGCUCAUGUUUGUGAUCGACAGCUCCGAGAGCGUGGGCCCCCACAACUUCCAGAUCAUCAAGGAGUUUGUGAGCGCGCUCACCGAGAAGCUGCCCAUUGGCCGCAACGCCACCCGGGUGGGCCUGGUGCUGUACAGCCGGGAGGUGCAGUUGGAGUUCGGGCUGGGCCGGCACGCGAGCGCCGCGGAGGUGCGCCGCGCCGUCACCGCCAUGGCCUACCUGGGCGAGGGCACCUACACAGGCACGGCGCUGCAGCGCGCCGUCGCCGAGGGCUUCGCGGGCGCCCGGCACGGCGUGCCCAAGGUGGCCCUGGUGCUGACGGACGGCGAGACGGACCCGCGCGAGCCCUACCCGCUGGGGCAGGCGGUGCGCGGGGCGCAGGCGGCGGCCGUCGAGGUGUACGCCAUCGGCAUCGUGAACCGCAGCGACCCGGGCCACGCCACCUUCGUCGCGGAGCUCAACCUCAUCGCGUCCGACCCGGACGAGGAGCACGUAUACCUCAUCGACGACUUCAACACGCUGCCAGCACUGGAGAUGAAGCUCGUGAGCCAGCUGUGCGAGGAUGAGAACGGCACGCCUUUCUCGCCGGCUCCAAAACCUCCCGUGCGUACGCAAGCCCUCCCUGUGACGCCGCACAAUGGCAGGAGCCCGGAGGAGCGCGGGAAACGCAUGCAGGAUCGAAACGGGGAGCCGGGACACUUUGGCAACACCGUCGAGGCGGUCACGGCCACCUCGUUGCUCGUGACCUCCGUGACCCCGGAGUCCUUCCUGCUGACCCGGCGACCCCCGACCCCGGACCAUGCACUCAGGUGCCAGGUUCAGUUGGACCAGGGACCCUGCCGCAAUUUCACCUCCCGCUGGUACUACAACGGUGACGCCAACGCCUGCGGGAAGUUCUGGUACGGAGGCUGCAAAGGAAACGACAACAACUUCUUGACGUCCGAAGAGUGCCAAAGGACGUGCAUCGGGUCUCAUGCCGAAGGGUUGGGGCCAGAUGGACGGUGAAUCUCAAGCAGCAAUCACGGAGCCCGUGCCCCCCCCCCGCCCGCCCCCCACAGGGGAGGAGAGCGAGGCAGUGAGGCGCCGGCCGUGUCAACAUCUCCCCACAACCGGCCCUCGCGUUAAACCGAGCUCGUAAUUUCUGGAUGUCGACGAAAAGAUUUGCGAAGCACGAGAGAGCACUCAGGUUUCGUCUCAACGACCACAACCGUUCGUGUCACUUUUCGAAACGCCGCACAUGCUUUUUGCGCGUGUGCGGGUUUUUAUGGAGUGGGGGGAGGGGGGUUUACAUGAAAACUAAAAAUAACAAUCCUGUGUUUCAUUAUCCACCAGAGGACUAUAUAGUUUAUAUUGGAUCGUAAAAUGGGCAUUAUUGUCCUUGCUCAGUCGAUGCAAAUAUUAAUUGCGUAAAGGCACUAAAGCAGUAUUUAACCACGUAAUAAUAUCUCCCGGCCUCGAAACAGAAUGAUUACAGCUAUCGCGCAGAAUUCUGCAAUGGGUGCUCAAUGCUGUGAUUUCAGUUUGAGGUCUUGUGUAAUCUUGCGGAAGCUUUCGAAGGUUCCCCUCCCGUAACCUCCUCUGUACGCUCUGCACAUUUCUCAGGAUGCCACCGGUAUUUUGGCCAUUGUCUUAACGUGCAAAAAUUCGAUGCCUCUACAGUGUUUGGGGAAAACUGUACAAUGCAGCAGGCCAUUGGAAAAUGUAUGAAAUCCUCUUGGUUGUUGUGUUUUUUUUAAUUGUUGUUGAAUUCUGGGAUGAUUUUUGGCAGGGGUUACUCUUUAUUUUUUUUAUGAUGAUGAUGAUGAAGAGGGGGGGGGGCGGAUGUUCAGUGUAGUGUGAGAGUGUGUGCCCAAACGGUUUCAGAUAAGCCAUUGAUACAUUGCCCAGAAUUAAUCACAUGUACUGUUAAUAUUAUUACAAAGGCUGCGUUAAAGCAAUAAUUGCAUAACAAAGAGUGACGAUGAUACAAGCUGUAAGAGAUUACGUGAUUGUUAAGGAGGGCUACAUUUGUGCAAUGUCGCCCUCUGUAGACUGUGGGGCUACGCUGUGGACAGCAGAGGGUAGUGCUGCAACAUCCAUUGUUGUACCAUACCUCUAUGGUCCCCAACAUCUAUGCCCCCUGCCUUCAACCUGCACUAACCAAAUUGGUACAGGCCCCCAUCCAGCAGUGGAUUGACAAAUAAGGCUGCUGUACGUGAACUGUUUAGGGUUUUUGUUCCAUUGGGUUUUGUAUUUUGACAUUAUAAGGCCUAAGGACUGAUUAAACAUCUUGAGCCAACAGAAACCUCCCAAAAUUAACGCUCAUAUUGCGUUAGUGUCCGACAACAGUGUGGUGGGAGCCGAUUCUAGAGAACUCAAUACAAUUAGUGAGAAGACAUUUGAUUUCAAAGCGUCCACACGUCUCCCACCAAUCGGAACACACUUAAAAAGGCCUUUAACAUUCCCCCAAUACACUCUGUCCAUCAUAGACAGUGUGAUCUACUUACAAUUUUGAUAUAUUGCGGUUUUAUCACGUUAAGGCCGGCGAAUACAGGGGCCACCACGCUAAUUGUUCCGCCUUUGUCAAUCCAUCAAUUGCUGGAAUUAUUUCGAAACUGAAACUUCACCAUUUUUUUUUAUUUUACCAUUUCAGGUCCACUGAGUUAUAUAGCUCUUAUUCAGAAGUGACCUGGCCACAAAUGAUAGCUCAACGAAGUGGCUUAUAACAUGACAAUGUAUUGCAGCCAAAUACUCUAAAUGCAUGUUGAUUCUAAACUUGGAGGGAAAAACCAGAGGACCCGGAAAAAAAAUCCACGCGACCACAGGGAGAGACCAUGCAAAUUCCAAAUAUACAACAGGCGUCGGGGUCGGGAUCGAACCCAUGCCCUCCUGCAUACCGGGCGAGGUAGUUAACAUCCCGUGGUACCCCACGGUGGCGAGAUGUCACCGAGGCCCUGUCCUGCGACUGAAUUCUGGAGAGUAUUUCCCUGCCUCCCUACCCUCACUCACUACCGUUGAGGGCAGUGGGAAGGAUUGUGGGAGGGGGCGGGGGGUCUGAGGAUCUGGGAGUUGAGGGGGGGCAGGCUCAGAAAAUAUCCUAUCUAAAAACUAGGCCCCGCCAACACACACGUCUCUUGUAACCAAUCAUGUUCUGCACCAGACCAGGGUCAUAGAAGUCAAUGGGAUAUCUAAAAUUGGAUCACCCCCUACUACCAACAGCAAUCAGCGAGAACAUGCUCAAUAACAAUGCACGUGGCUGCAUGCCGGCUUGUAUGUAUGUUGAACUUCGUUCGCACCGUACGGAGCGAACCAUAAUAAAGGUUCACUCAUGCAAAGUUGAAAGCCAUUUACAUUGAUUUGGCUUUUCGCCGGGCUGUGUGAUCACAAGUUCCUACUCGGAUCGUUAAGAGUUGUACCAAUGUGAACAAAAUGUGUUCCAUAUGUAUUGCUAUUACACGCACCAUAAGUCAUGUACAAUACUCUUUGAUGUGUGUGAUAAAUAAAUAAAGGAUGUACACACGUUAACAAUUUAAAGGCCUGUUUUGCACGUGCCAAUGUGCAUGAAAUACCGUAGCAAGGAUCGUCACGCAUCUAGUAACUUUGGCAUCUGUUGGACAGGUAUUUUCCUCUUUACAUUUAACUUUCGUUUAAAAUAUAGCACGUAAAACAGAACAAUAGAGGAACGCAUUUUUUCCAAAAAAUUCAGUAAAUAAAUUUUGGCAAAAAAGAACCCAAAGUAUAGCACUUGAUAAUUCCUUGAAAAAAUAGUGAAAAAUUCCAGACAGUAUAGUUAAUGCCCCGCUUUACGUCGGGGAUGCGUUCAUGAAAUGUGCGCCGAAUAUCGAAACGGCGUGUGUUUUGGCUAUCCCAGUGUUCUUCAUUGCAAGGCCCACGGAGCCACUUGCAGCCCCUGACGUGUGGCCCCUGAUCAUACACACGUGAAUACACCCCUUCACGCUGUCAAACCCAACGAGUUCAAAUGUGUGGCGGCUCUCAUACCGAUGUCUAAUCGGCAAAAGUAUCCCUCCUUUGAAAAUGAGUGCAGAACGCUGCUCUACCUGGUUUUACCCGAGGCCUGUUUUUUGGAACUACGGGGGUGAUGUUUCGGCUUUUGGCGGUCUGCCGCUGUUCAUACUCUCAUCUCCGUGUCAAAAAGUAGAGCCGUGAGAGUGCUGUAUCCGUUGGACGGUGUGAAUGAAUCGUCUGUGGGAACAGUGUAUUUAGGGGCCAUCCA